AUAUUUAACCUCAUUUCUGACGACCAUCGUCCUGUCUUUAUAUAAAUAAUUUAAAGACAGGAUUUUUUAAAUAUCACACUACACUGAAUAGUAAUGAAAAAUAAACGUCAAUGGAACUAUAACGUUAAGUUCUUCAACCAAUAUAAAAGUUACUUUUAAUGUACUGAAAAUCAAUUGCUUUACAAGUUGAUUAAAAAUUGGUGGAAAAGGUACAAGAAAAUGAACGCCACUUGGAGAACAUACUUGUUGUGGUUUGCCCAGGAACACAUCGAAUUCCGAUUUGCGGAAAUACAGUCUCUGCUUUCCCUAUUUAAUAUUGACAUGAGGUACCUAGAGAGGCCAAAGGAUGAACCAUAUUGGAUUGUGCAAUUUGCAUCUGAAAAAGAUGUUCAUCUGCUUGCUAGCAGAUCUGUCUCCUUGAGAAACUGCCUGGAGCUUUGGUCUCGUGCUAAAACAGUCCAAAACCUACAUGAAAAACUUAAAAGUGUCCCUCCCAAAAUAAUGGCACCUUAUUUUCGUCCGGAGAAAUCUUUCAAAAUAGAAGUGGAAACAUUUUGCCGCCAUUUCACACAAAAAGAGAAAAUUGAUAAAAUUGAGACUUUCAGUUACUUACCAUUGGAAGGGCCCGUAAAUUUAAAAAAUCCAGAUGUUACCUUACAAUAUAUAGAGUAUUAUGGAACUAUUUCCAAUAACCCUCCUGAACUACCAUACGAAGUUUUCUUCGGAAGAUGGGUAGCUAGUGGUUUACGUCAGCUCAUCAAAAAGUUGUCUUUGAAAACUAGAAAAUUUAUAGGUAAUACAAGUAUGGAUCCCCAGUUAUCUCUUCUCAUGGCAAAUCAAGCAAAAGUUAAAGAGGGAGAUAUUAUUUUGGACCCCUUUGUUGGAACGGGGUCACUUUUAGUAGCAGCUGCUCACUUCGGUGGUUAUGUUCUAGGUACCGAUAUUGAUUACCUAAUGCUACAUGCGAGAACAAGACCAUCAAGAAUAAAUCAGAAGCGGAGGGAGACAGAUGAAAGUAUUAAAGCAAACAUGAAGCAGUACAACCUAGAACAUCGUUAUUUGGACGUAUUGGUGAAUGAUUUUUCAGUCCCAUUUUGGAGAAACGAUUUCCAAUUUGACGCUAUUAUUACAGAUCCCCCAUAUGGAAUAAGAGAGGCCACCGAAAAAAUUGGAACGGCUAAAGAAAAUUGCAUCAUCAAAGAAGAACAUUUACCCACACACAUUCCCGCUAAAAUAGAAUACGGAAUAUCUAAUAUUUACAAAGAUCUGUUAGCGUUCUCUGCGAAGCAUUUGAAAGUCGGAGGUUGUGUAGUUUGUUGGUUCCCAGUUUUCAGGGAAGACUACCAUGAAAGUGGCCUACCUUCACAUCCAUGCUUGAAACUGACUGCUAAUUCUGAACAAGUAUUAUCUAAAAUCACAUCUCGAAGGUUACUUACUUUUGAAAAAAUCAGACCCCCAAGCCAAGAAGAACUGGACACCAUCCAUAGCCAGAUAACAGAUUUCAGGGAGAAGUAUUAUACUGCAAGGGAGGAAACAAGACAGGAAAGAAGGAUGAAAGAGGCGAGAAUCAGGAAAGAAAAUCAUUUAAAGUACAAAGAAAACAUAAAGAAAGUUGAAUAAAAACAAUUUUUAUGAGUAAGACAUUUA